AUGCUAACCUACAAGAGUUCACAACUACAACAUGCUAACCUACACAGUUCACAACUACAACAUGCUAACCUACACAAUUCACAACUACAACAUGCUAACCUACACAGUUCACAACUACAACAUACUAACCUACAUAGUUCACAACUACAACAUGCUAACCUACACAGUUCACAACUUCAACAUGCUAACCUACACAGUUCACAACUACAACAUACUAACCUACACAGUUCAAACUACAACAUGACGAUCUACACAGUUCACAACUACAACAUGCUAACCUACAUAGUUCACAACUACAGCAUGCUAACCUGCAAGAGUUCACAACUACAACAUGCUAACCUACACAGUUCACAACUUCAACAUGCUAACCUACACAGUUCACAACUACAACAUACUAACCUACACAGUUCAAACUACAACAUGCUAACCUACACAGUUCACAACUACAACAUACUAACCUACACAGUUCACAACUACAACAUGCUAGCCUACACAGUUCACAACUACAACAUGCUAACCUACACAGUUCACAACUACAACAUGCUAACCUACACAGUUCACAACUUCAACAUGCUAACCUACACAGUUCACAACUACAACAUACUAACCUACACAGUUCAAACUACAACAUGA